AUGCAGUUGUCGGUCCCAUGUCACUCUCACAUGAGGCGGGAUACAUCACCCAUGUUGGGGGGAACCGAUCCCAGUGAGAUGUUCGGGGAGUCUGGUCUUUUGCAAAGCAGUAUGGCACGUAUCUACCCCCACUUCCACUAUGAUUCCUUCUUCAAUUCACAGGAUAAGGACCUCCCCCAGAACAUUGAACAAUACCUCCGGCUCAUCCACCCCCAUGAUUACACCAAACUGCAAGAAAAGGAAGAAGGGGAUGAUGACGGGGAAGAAAAAGACAACGAGGAUAAGGUAGAGGAGGUGGGAAAGAAGGAGUCCGAGGAUUCCAAUUUCGAUGACACUGACGGGAGCCACGAUGGUCUUGAUGAUAAGAAGAAGCCCGCCAAGAAAAGGGUUGAUACAGAGGAGACUGACACAAGCAAAAAUGGUCUUGGUGAUGAGAAGGAGCCCAGAGAGAAAAGGUUUGAAGCAAAGACUGUGGAACUGGGUACCAUAACGAUGGAGAUGCCACUGCGACAGUUUUACACACCAGACUUCCAGAAUAUCUGUAAGUGCCUCCAAAACCUAAAAUGA